AUGAAAGAACGUCCACCAGCAGCUCAUAGCAUCUCAUUUAUCACGCAAUAUUGGAACUAUCCUCCUAAAGAUGAAAAAACUUUGAUACGUAAUAGUUUUGUCCUAUCACUUGGGCUUUGUUAUCAAUCACGUUUACAUGAUCAAAGAUUUGCGAGAAAGAUAUUGAGAAUAAUUCGCAGAGAACAAAAAGAUUUUAUGAAUCGAAUGGUUUGCCCUCCAUCUACAGCAGAUAAUGAUGCUCUUUUAGAGAACAUUCUUGUGAUGAUUGUUUGCAUAUUUGAAUCGGAUACCUAUUUUUAUUAUUGGUGCACCGGCAGUUCAGAGUCACUGGCAGUACGACUUAUUAGCUCAAAUCUUCGAGGAGCCGAUUCAGAUGAUGAAUAUUUUAAGACAUUACCACAGAUGUAUUUCAUACCACAUCAAGGUUCAGCUUCAUUAACUUCAGCUGGCAUCCUAAAGGUUUUCGAUAAAGCAGAAACUUAUCAAAAAACAAGUCCAGAAGCAUUUCCUUUACAAGCCGUUGUCUUUCUUGAUGAAGUCGGCCUAGCAGAAACUAGUCGAUUUAUUCCCUUAAAAGUUCUUCACGCCCUCUUAGAACCCGGUUUCUCUAAAGAUGACUCUAUCGAAAGUUCAAAAAUAUCAGGUGCUACACAAGAACCUGCGGUUUCUGGCCUAAAAGAUCCUACAGAAGAUUCAUCAGUAUCAACUACUAGUAAAAUUGGUCCGUCUAUGUCAGUUAAUAAUGCAGAUUUUAAAGAUGGCCCAGCAGUAUCAGUUGUUGGCAUUAGCAACUGGCGUCUAGACAAUAGCAAAUCGAGCAGAGCGUUGCUUGUGCAACGACCAAAAUUCAGCUGUAAUGAUUUAACUUUAACAGCAUCCAUGCUUUUAGGCGACAAAACUAAAAAUGGAAUCGCUAAUCCUAUACUUAGACAACUUGCUGAUGCCUACCAUGAUUAUGAAAAAAAUCAAAAAUAUAAAAACUUUCAUGGACUUCGCGAUUAUUAUGCAUUGGCGAAAAGUCUGAGUGACUCCGAGCCGACAA